GGUGCAUUCUUAGCUGGUUCUCACACCAUCUCAGCUGGUUCCUCUUAAUAUGGAGAAGCUUGAUACAGAGGCAUCCCUGAGUAGCUGCACUAGGGUGCAGGUGGAGUUCUAUGUGAAUGAAAACACCUUUAAGGAGAGGCUGAAGCUUUUCUUCAUCAAAAACCAAAGGUCAAGCCUGAGAAUCCGUCUGUUCAACUUCGCACUGAAGAUUCUCACCUGUGCCCUCUACAUGCUGAGAGUCAGCCUGGAUGACCCCAAGGAGGUCAAUGGCAACCCAUGCAGUGCAAUAUGUCGGAACAACAGCUGGACAAGUACAGCAGAGUCACCAGAAAUCAAGUGGGAGUUGAUUUUCUGGGUGAACAGACGGCUUUCUGUAUGGGCGAUACAGGUGACAGUGGCCUUAAUCAGUUUCUUGGAGACCAUGCUUAUCACAUAUCUAAGCUACAAGGGGAAUAUUUGGGAGCAGAUCUUCCAGAUAUCCUUCAUAUUGGAGAUGAUCAAUACAGUGCCAUUUAUAAUCACAAUCUUCUGGCCUCCACUGAGAAACAUAUUCGUCCCUGUAUUUCUUAACUGCUGGCUAGCCAAAGGUGCCCUGGAGAACAUGAUCAAUGAUUUCCAUCGUGCCAUCCAGAGGACCCACUCUGCCAUGUUCAACCAGGUGUUCAUCCUCAUCUGCACCUUACUGUGUCUGGUUUUCACAGGAGCUUGUGGCAUACAGCACCUAGAGAGAGCUGGGAAGAACCUGUCUUUGUUUGACUCGUUCUACUUCUGCAUCGUCACCUUCUCCACUGUGGGCUAUGGGGACGUCACUCCACAGAUCUGGCCCUCCCAGCUGCUGGUGGUCAUUCUCAUCUGUGUUGCACUGGUGGUCCUCCCACUGCAGUUUGAAGAACUAGCGUACCUGUGGAUGGAGAGCCAGAAAUUAGGGGGGAACUACAGCCGCCACCGGGCACAGACAGAGAAGCAUGUGGUGUUAUGUGUCAGCUCGCUGAAGAUUGACCUGCUGAUGGAUUUCCUCAAUGAGUUCUACGCUCAUCCCAGACUGCAGGACUAUUACGUGGUGAUUCUGUGUCCGACAGAGAUAGACAUUCAGGUUCGCCGUAUCCUCCAGAUCCCUCUGUGGUCUCAGAGGGUCAUCUACCUGCAAGGAUCUGCCCUCAAAGACCAGGACCUGAUGAGGGCCAAGAUGGAUGAUGCUGAGGCCUGCUUCAUCCUAAGCAGCAGGAAUGAAGUUGACCGAACUGCUGCUGAUCACCAGACUAUUUUGAGGGCCUGGGCAGCAAAGGACUUUGCUCCAAACUGUCCCCUCUACGUCCAAAUUCUCAAACCGGAAAAUAAAUUUCAUGUCAAGUUUGCUGAUCAUGUAGUGUGUGAAGAGGAGUUCAAGUAUGCCAUGUUGGCGCUCAACUGUGUGUGUCCGGCCACAUCCACCUUAGUCACUCUCUUGGUUCACACUUCCAGAGGACAGGAGGGGCAGCUCUCACCGGAACACUGGCAGAAGAUGUAUGGACGCUGCUCGGGGAACGAGGUCUACCAUAUCCGCUUGUGUGACAGCAAGUUUUUUGGGGAGUACGAUGGAAAAAGCUUCACCUACGCUUCCUUCCAUGCUCAUAAGAAGUAUGGUGUGUGUUUGAUCGGGGUGAAGAGAGAAGACAACAAGAGCAUCCUCCUGAACCCCGGGCCCCGCCACAUCAUGGCUGCCACUGACACCUGCUACUACAUCAACAUCACCAAGGAGGAGAACUCGGCCUUCAUCUUCAAACAGGAGGAGAAGCACAGCAAAGGUCUGCCCAUCACUGGGCUGUACGACGCUCCCUCCAGGCUGCCUGUGCACAGCAUCAUCGCCAGCAUGGUUGAUCAGGCCACUUCAUAUGGCACCGUAGCCAUAGAUCUCCAGAACCCUGAUCCCCCUGAGGAAAGCAGCAAACUGACCUUGCCGACGGAGAACGGCGCCGGAAGCCGCAGACCAAGCAUUGCACCUGUCCUGGAGAUCGCUGACUCCUCUGCCAUUCUGCCCUGCGACCUCCUCAGCGACCAAUCAGAGGAUGAGACCAACCAAUCAGAUGAGGAGGGCUCUAUCGGGUCAGAUUUUGUGAAGGGCUACCCCCCCAACUCGCCCUACAUCGGCAGCUCUCCAACUCUGUGCCACCUCCUACCACAGAAAGCUCCAUUCUGCUGCCUUCGCCUCGACAAGGGCUGCACACAUAACAGCUUUGAGGAUGCCAAAGCAUACGGCUUCAAGAAUAAGCUGAUUAUAGUCUCUGCAGAGACAGCGGGAAAUGGUCUCUACAACUUCAUUGUCCCCCUUCGUGCUUACUAUCGACCCAGGAAAGAACUCAACCCCAUAGUGCUGCUGCUGGACUACCCGCCAGACAACCACUUCUUAGAGGCCAUUUGCUGCUUUCCAAUGGUUUACUUCAUGGCUGGCACAAUCGAUAACCUGGACAACCUGCUGCAGUGUGGUAUAAUCUACGCAGACAACUUGGUGGUUGUGGACAAAGAGAGCACCAUGAGCGCUGAGGAGGACUACAUGGCAGAUGCCAAGACCAUUGUCAACGUCCAGACCAUGUUCAGGCUGUUUCCGAGCCUCAGCAUCAUCACUGAGCUCACGCACCCGUCCAACAUGAGAUUCAUGCAGUUCAGAGCCAAGGACUGCUACUCGCUCGCUCUCUCCAAACUCGAGAAGAUCGAGCGUGAUAAGGGCUCCAACCUGGCCUUCAUGUUCCGGCUGCCGUUUGCUGCAGGCAGGGUGUUCAGUAUCAGCAUGUUGGAUACGCUUCUUUACCAGUCAUUUGUUAAGGACUACAUGAUCGCUAUUGCAAGACUUCUUCUGGGUCUGGACACCACGCCUGGCUCUGGGUACUUGUGUGCUAUGAAGGUCACAGAGGAGGAUCUGUGGAUCAGGACUUACGGCAGACUCUUUCAAAAGCUUUGUUCCUCCAGCGCUGAGAUCCCCAUAGGGAUCUACCGCACAGAGUCACACAUGUUCUCAACCUCAGAGGGCAAGGACAGUUAUGCACAGUCUCAGGUGUCCAUCAAUGUGGAGCAGGGCGAGGAGCAUCGGGAGCGCGGAGAGUCCUGGAAGGAGAAGACGGCCCACAGAAACUCUACCACGAGCGACCAAUCAGAGCACCCGCUGCUGAGGAAGAAGAGCAUGCAGUGGGCACGACGUCUAAGCAGGAAGAGCGCCAAACCGUCAAGUCGAGCCGAGCGCAUCUCGCAGCAGAGACUCAACCUGUACCGACGCUCUGAGCGACAGGAACUGUCUGAGCUGGUCAAGAAUCGCAUGAAGCACCUGGGCCUGCCCACCGUCGGAUACGACGAGAUGAACGACCACCAGAACACGCUGUCCUACGUCCUCAUCAAUCCUCCUCCUGACACCAUGCUGGAGCUCAACGACAUUGUGUACAUUAUCCGGUCCGACCCGCUGGCACACAUGCCAGAUGACGCACAGGUGGCGCAGCCGCGCGGCAACAAGAACCAGCAGGACUUUGGCACAGAGACGAGAGACGAGACUCACCUCUGAAACCCCCCUCAGUCCUCAACACCCUGACCCUUAACCUCUAAGCCCCCAGCCGGGCCUACAGAGCUUGUUUGUCUCACACAGAUGAAGACUUGUCUCUGGCCAAGAACAGCUGUCCAUAGUGUGUGUGCAUUAAGUGUCUCUCAGCCUCAGACCACAAACAAUCAACAUGUUAAAAGACGGACGGCGCUGAGAGAACUGCUGUUUCCCACUGAGCUGCUACAGGAGGAUGCAUGAAGAGUGCCUCGUCAUUGACCCCGACUCCAAUCACACGCCUACUGUACUGACACACGUCGCCCUCGCUAAACUAUCUCAAACCCAGAACCAGGCACUGGAAACGACGCCCUCCUCCCAACCAAAGGUCUAAGAGGUUUGGUCGCUGUUAUGAGAUGUCUUUGGACAGUCUGGGGAUUUUUUUUUUUUUUUUGUGCACUUACAAGAUAUCAAAUCAUCAUUUCACUCAGCAUGUUUUGCUCAGGGGUGAAGUUGCCCCUCGUGCCGUGACUCAGGCCGAAUUCCUCUGAGCCUGUUUCUACCUAAACUCACAAAAGAACCGAAUCUCGGGGCAACUGCACCCUCCUCCACAACUUCACAGUCAUGUUCUCUAAAGGGUAAAUAUUCAAGCAUUUACCAGGAAAUUACGGUACAUGUGCACUUUCCUUAAUUUAUUACAGAUUUUGACUGUUUGUAUUUAUUUAUCAGAUGGGAUUUUCAUUUUCUUUAAGAGCACAAACUUUUUUAAAGCAAACUGCCAUCUGUGAAUAUACACACUGUAGUGGCACUUUUAUCAGCCAUAUUAACAUUUCCUUCUCUGUUCUUGUGUUUUUGGAAACCAAUUUUUGCUGUAGUUAUUAUUGAAAAGUAAAUAUUGUUAAUUUAUUUCACUAUCUUAAGGGUCCCAGAUCAUGUCUGCUCUACGUGCCAUUUUGUUUACUUUAUUUCUCUGUAAAUAUAUUUAAGUGAUUUGUACAUUAUGUUCCAUUCUGCAUCUAUUUUGUGAUAGCAGUGUUAGUGUUUUUUAUUUCAGAGCCUGACCGAUACGUAAGACGUGCACCUGCAGUAUAGAAAUGCCAAAAGAAUACAGGUAAAUGAGGGAUAAAUUCAUACAAAAUAUGAAUCAUCAAGCGUAUCUCAACCAUUCAGUAUCUCAGCGUUAAUGUUAGUGAUACAGACUUGCCCAUAGUGCACACUACUUCAUUUACAUCAUAAUUCAGCAACACUUAUUGUAGUUCAUAUUUGCCAAGUGUUAUAAGCUGUUUUUUAAUACAUUAUUUUCUUAGUUAAACUUAAGAAUAUAUGUUUAUUUUUUGGUUUGUAGUCAUCAUUUAUGGAUUUUUUUUUUUUUUUGACAUUUAUUUUGCUGUAAAGUGUCUCACGCGUUAUAGAUCAUGGCCACAACUAUUAGCCAAGCAGAUUUUUGGACAAAUCAGGCUAGCUGUUUCCACUCGCUUCCAGUGUUUAUGCUAAGCUAAGCUAACUGUCUCCUGGCUGUCAGCUCUCCUUUUGUUUACAGGCAGGAGACUGACAUCAGGACACAGUGGCGCGAGGGCGCCAAAUACAGAUGGAGGGCAAGAAGCAUUUCAGGCCUUAACUGACUGACACUGAGAAUCUACCCUGUGGAAAAAUGCCUAUGUUUUGUGUAGUUUACCUGUGCUCAAAUCAUUCCAAUAGAGAAAAAGAAAAAAGCUAUUAUAGGGUACCAAAAGUAGUCACCCACAAAGAUGAGAAAUAUUUUUAAAAAAAACUUGCAGAACAACGCCAUUAAAGGUGGAUCUUUAACCUUCUUCUGUGGUCGGGAGGAGCAAUCUGCUAAUGUCUGCAGUGAUCACUUUUUCAAAGGUGCGGUAACAGUAACCGCCUCAAUUGUCGGAAAAUCUUUAAGGUACGUGGAAAACUCGCUCAUCUUCAUGAGGUAUGGGUCACGUCCAACAUAUUGUUUGACUAAUUGUGUGUAUGUCCGUCUCAACACAGGAUUUAAACCCGUGCAAUACGGACUCUGCUAAUUUUUCCUCCAUUGGCUUUGACAUGUAACUUACUUCCUGCCCUCCGUGAAACCCAGCGAUUGAAUUCUUAACAAGAGAACUAAUCGCUCUCUUGUUGAGAAUUCAGGGCUCUCAAGUCUCACGCAUUGAGCGUGACAGUCACGCUUUUCGGUCUUUUGUCGCUAAAAAAAAAAAAUACCGGUAAAUUUCUCUGGUGCGCCGUUGCUAUGAAACCGGGAGGAAUCAGGCAGGUCUGCUAUGGAGUUGAGCGCGUCUCUUACCUAUCAAUCAAAAAAGGAAAGGGGCCGGCUAAGAUAACACAGCAACCAAUGUGACACCCCCGUCCUCUCCUAGUGACUUUAAGUGUUGAUCCCAACAGGACAAAAACGAAAAGUAUGAUCAACAGAUCUAUUAUUAUUUAAUUUUUUAAACUCAUAUCGAUAUCAGUAUUGGUAUAGAAAUCCAGUAUCAGUCAGGCUCUAGUUUUUUUUUAUUCUUCUAACUUGAAUUCACUUGACCUUGAUGGUAAAUAUUCUUUUUUUUUCCCCCUGAUCCUUCAGUUUCAUAACUCUGACGGAGUUGCGGUAGGACUGGUGGCAGAACAGUUUGCACAGAUAUUGACAGGCACAGUUAAGUCUAUUUCUAUCCUGUAACCCGUUUCCAAAUGUAUUUGGAACGUACUUGAGCUGAAAACAAAGUUCUCUCCUUUCCAAACUGUAGAGGCCACACAUUGUGUAUAGAAGUGUCACUGUGCAGUAUUUAAUCUUUUCAUUUGUUCAUUUCUCAGAUAUAUUUAUAAAUUCACCAUUUACCAUUUUGCUGUUUUGUUUUAGUCUCUUCUGAUUGUUAAAAAGUGAAAGAGGACUUGAACUAUUUUGCACUAAGCUCUGCGGGGAUGUCUAGAGCAUAACAGCAUGACCCUUUAAUCUGAACCUGUGCAACACAGCGGACAGUAUUCAACCAUUCCUGUGAAGCAAAGACAGUCAGAUGUGCAGUAAUAACAUGCCAUGAAUUUUGUUGAUUUGAUUUACCUUGCACAUGUUUGCAAAGCUUACUUUGUUGUGUGCAAAUGUCAAAGGAAUAACAAGUGAUACUGUAGUUAUUAUGAAGUAACCUCAUAUUUUGUUUGUCUUUGGAGGAAUCAGCAUAAGCUUUUUUUUCUUUGCUCAGUGGCCCCUCAGAAGAGUCAGUUUACAGGGCAGGAGAGCUGAGGAGUGAAAGCGUGAGCGACCCUGAUGGAGGAUACGAUCGGUGUGCAGAUCCAUUCAUUUAACGUCUUCCUGGGUCCUCGCUUCUGAUAAAGUUCAACACACCACAAAGAAAUCACUUCAGAUCUCCUACCCUCCAUACUUACAAUAUCACAAGGGGCAUGUAAACACUAAAAAGCAUGUUUUGAUAUACAAGCUUGCCAAGAACAAUACAUUUUGUACACUUAGCAGGGCAUUUAGUGUGAUGUCCCGUUGCUAGAGAAACCCAUAAUCAAGUCAACUGCUUGCAAGUUGGAGCCAUUAUUUGAUACUGUGUAUUUAUAUGAAUGGAACGUGCAUGUCGUCUAGGUGUUAUCGAAAGCCUCCGUAUUAUGUUUACCUCUACUUUGUUUUUAAGUCAUUGUCAAAAAGGGGUUGAUCCAUUUUGUACUAUUUCUUAUGAGAAGCGAGUGUACUUCUCCACAUAUGAAAUCUGAACAAAUAAAUGCU